AUGUUUGAGGCUGCUAUGCCAAAAGAAAGUCCAUGGAGGAUGAUGUGUGAGAGUGAGAUAUGGGGGAAACAAAUUUUGAAUACCAUGGCAUGUGAAGGAUUAGAGACGAUUGAAAGGACAGAAAUAUACAAGAGUUGGCAAGCACGAACUCUUAGGGCUGGGUUCAGGCAGCUUCCACUAAACCAGAAUAUCGUAAAGAAAAUAAAAACUAAGGUGAAGGCUAACUUUCACAAGGAUUUUUUUGUGGAUGAGGCCGACCAAUGGAUGGUACAGGGUCGGAAGGGGCGGAUCCUCAAUGCUUUUUCUUGCUGGAAACCAUCCUAG